GGAGGCAGAUGAUUGACACGGCCGCCAUUUUGCCCUCUCUGCUUCCAUUGUGUGAGAGAUAGUAAAUAUCUGACACUGCCAGACAACCACAACACACUUGUAUCCGUGCGAAGAAAAGGCAUUAAAUUCACCCUUGGUGAUACUUUGUUGUAAUGGCUCGUACCAAGCAGACUGCUCGUAAGUCCACUGGAGGAAAGGCUCCUCGUAAGCAGCUGGCCACCAAGGCUGCCCGCAAGAGCGCCCCCUCCACUGGUGGCGUCAAGAAGCCCCAUCGUUACAGGCCCGGUACCGUGGCUUUGAGAGAGAUCCGUCGGUACCAGAAGUCCACUGAGCUGCUGAUCCGCAAGCUGCCCUUCCAGCGCCUGGUGAGGGAGAUCGCUCAGGACUUCAAGACUGACCUGCGUUUCCAGAGCGCUGCCAUCGGUGCCCUGCAGGAGGCCAGUGAGGCGUACCUGGUGGGUCUGUUCGAGGACACUAACCUGUGUGCCAUCCAUGCCAAGCGUGUCACCAUCAUGCCCAAAGACAUCCAGCUGGCACGCCGCAUCCGUGGAGAGCGUGCUUAAACUGCCUCCCCAAUGUUUCACCUCUGUCCUGUUUUUCUUUACCUGUCCCUGCUCCUGUGUUUUACCCCUCCCACCCUCCUCCACCCAUCUCCCUCACCCUCCCUCCCCAGCCUGCCCAGCUUCUCAGUAGACUUUAGAGUAAUCCUGAUUAUGAAGAGAUAGAAAUAUGUUGAAGUCUGGUCUCUCAUAGUUUUUUUUUUUUUUGUCUUCACCAAAUGUUUUAGGGUACCUUUUUCGUGCAUGUAAAAGGUUUUGCAGAUCAGACACACAUGUGCACACGUACUCAAACAUGCACAACUGGGUUUGGUGGCGCCUCUAAACGUGAAGCCCACCCGUGAGCUCGCCUGGACUCUUCCAGGGUUGGAGGCCAGCGGGUAUGGUUGGUGUGGCAAACGGAGCUGAAGCAGAGGGAGCAGCAGCCCAGGGGCUAGUCUGCUUAAGGGGAGCUGCAACUUCCACAGCAGGGUGCUAUUAAAACUAGUCCUGAGGCCUCUGCCCCGUCUGAACACCCUCCUCCCCUCCCGCCCAGUCCGUCCCUCUACACCCCAACUCCCCUCUCGCUCUGCAGCUGUGGCCAGACGGCUCGCUCUACCUUUUCAAACCACCUCCUUCACCUCCGUGAUGUGCACUGGGAGGGGAUGAUGGUCUGUUGGUCUGUUUGUGUGCAUGUGUGAGCUCUGAUCUGUCAAACCAGUUGUGCUCAACAAACAAGAAUCUCUUGGUUUCUUAAGAAUAUUGAUUAUCGUUGUGGAUAUGGUGUCUAUUUUUUUUACACUUAAUAUUCAUCGAUGAGCAUCUCUUCCCUUUACCACUUCCAAAAUCAUCAAAGUAAGAGAAAAAAAGCAAUUGAUAUUGUUAACAUGGUUGUCAGUAGUUGUUUUUUUACAGUGAUCUGAUUUUCUAUAGAAAAUCAGGAAGGGCUUCUGUGUUUUCAACUUCUAUUCUAAUGGCAGCCACAUGGGGGCGAUGGUUUACCGUCUCCUCUUCUAUUCAAUUGUUCACUGUAGAUCAGUCAUCUCACAUUAAGCUUCUGUCUUUUUCCCUGUCUUCAUCUGCACAGACAGGCAGUUGACUGUCACAACAGUACAAGUUGACAUAGUGAAAGUUCCACUCUGCAUGUUAAGGGUCUGUGUGUCUCCUGCACUCUGUAGAUCUGAACAUAUAAUCUGUCCCUUUCUCAAAAUUUGUGAUACACAAUAUAACCUCAUAUUUGUUUUCUUUUAUAUUUUUCUUAUUCCUCGAGAUUUUCAGACGUAUAAAUAAGCUGAUCUUUGUAUUUUCCAAAUUUCUCAUAUUAUGGUGGUAAUAAAUAGGUGUUAAAACAA